AUGUCUUCUAAUUCACAAACCACAGAUAAAAAUAGUAAUGCUGCUCCUUCUAAACCAUCUAAUAUCUCACAUCAAAAAAAAUUUAAGUAUAAAAGAAAAUGGUAUUAUAGAGAUGAGUGGUCAAUGAAAUGUAAAAAUGAUAAACUGCUUAAUAACUAUAUUUUAGGUACUAAUAUUCCAUCAAUAAAUUUGAACAAAUCAAAGUCUGCAGUCGAUUUAUAUAAUAAAGAUGGUAAAGAUAAGCACAUUACUAAGGAUAAGGUCUGUAAUAUUAUUAUUCCUGAACCAUCAAUCCCAUUACUUUUAUUGAACUAUUUUGUCAUCUAUGGUUAUGAAGAAGCAGCAAUCAGGAUGUGUAAAGAAUUGGGUUUGAUUAAAAAUAACAAUGAUAUUAAACAAUUCAAUGAAUUAUUUAUGAUUAAAGAACGUAACAAGAUCAAAAUCUUAAUUAUAUCUGGUAAGAUAACCGAGGCAAUAAAUCUGAUUGAUCAAUUAUUUGGUUUGAAUAUCCUUUAUGACGACAUCAUAAAUGACAAUCUCAUAGACGAAAAUAAUAACAAUGACAAUAAUAAUUACGACGAUGAUGAUUUAUAUUUCCAAUUGAUUCUAUUAAACUUAAUCGAAAUGAUUAGAAAUAAUUCAUACCCAAACGAUAUACCUAAAUUAGUCGAAUAUGCAAGAACCCAUUUAUCUACUAAGGCUUCUCAAUCCAAAAAAUAUAUGACUGAUUUACAAUCUGUUAUAUCUUUAUUGAUGUUAACUGCCGCAUCAAAUAAUAAUAAGGAGAAUGUUUCAUUAAAUAUCAAUAAAUUACCAGCUAAUUUGAAAAUGUUAUACUCAAUUAAAUUAAGAAAUAGACUGGCUCAUUCAAUUAAUAUGAAAUUUUUGCAAAUUAUUAAUGUUAAAGUAUCUAAUCAAAGCAAAUUCCCUAACUUGAUUCUAUCUGGAAAUUUGUGUUUGAAUUCAAUUGAUUCAACAAACAAGAUCACUCAUUUCCAACGAUAUAAGCAACAUUUUCAUAGUCAUCACGAUGACAACUUAAGAAAUACUACUACUGAAAUUCCUGUUAAAACAGAUUUCAAUCCCACUGAGUUGCCUGUUACUGAUCAUAAUAGAUACUGGCAAGAGACAAGAAAAUAUUUAAAUUUACAGAAUAAUAUCGAUGAAGAUAUUGGUGGCAGCAAUAACGAUACCGAUAAUAACGUAGUACGGGGAAAUUCCCCGUUUGAAGCAAAGUUAGUUCAAUUAAUGAAACUAUGGAUAUAUGCAGAGAAUAGAUUACAUAGAAAGAGUUUUGGUAUCCCUAGAGUAGAAGAUAAUUUAAAAUCUUCAUAA